AACAUUCAUCAAUAAAGUCUGAAUGUUAGUUUACUUCUCCCUGCUGUCACUGCGAAUCCUUUUCAUUUUCUAUUUAAAGUCAUGCAAGACUCACUCAGGACACUCAGUAUUAACCACAUUACAAUCACUAUUUUAGACAGAGAAAUACACAUCUGUAUCAGUGAUGGCAAAUAGGUCUACCUAGUUGAAAAGGUUUUCCAUGUUUGUUGGAAAAGCUAUAACUGUUCCAAAUUUCCCUGUACAAUUAAUUGUCUCAGAAGUGAUUGCAAUUAACAAUAUAAUUGUCCCUUUCCAUAAAAUUAAAAAAAAGUUUGGUAAUUUUUUUUUUUUAAACAAAUUAAAGUUUAUAAUGAUUUUCAGGAUACAUCUUUUGGUUAUGUCACCAUUAUGAGACCCAGAUGAUGUAAUAACAAAGUACAGAGCUUAUGUAAACCACGCUUCCUUAUUAUCAUAAAACAUUGUUGUUAACUGGAUCCUCCGACCAUUCAUUACUUUUAUAAUUACAAUUUGGCAUUUCCAAACAAAAUCAACAAUGAACAGUCAUGUGUCUCAAGACCGAUAAAGUUAGUAAUUAAUUGUGUUAGUAAAAAAAAACAUGAUUUUGUAAAGAAAUUGACAAUUUGACAAUUACAGGCCUAGUUGGAACUGUGCAGAUUUCUUUACGAUAUUUAGAUUCAAUGGGAGAUGAAUGGAAGGAUGUGAUGGUUUUCCUCAGAGGUGUUCUUGUUUCCUUUCUUUUUAACAAACCAGGCCACAAUGUUAGUUAUAGUAAGAUAACCUAAUGUUUGUCAGUUUAAGAGCUUGAAUGCUCGUGUUGUGUUUACACUUUCUUAAACAUACUAGCCCAUACUCAAAACUGAUCAGCCUAUUCACAGAGCUGUGGACAGCCUCUUUGGGGAUACACGUUUUCAGAUGUAAACUAAAGACAAUACAAGGAAAUAGGAAGCCCCCUGUGCAUAGGCCAGGCUUCCAGAAGUUUCCCAGAAUACCAAUGUUUAAAGUCGAGCCACAGAGUUUGUCUAAGAUCACAACUCAGGCCUGAAACAACACAUUUGCCACCUGAAAACUGAAAAAUUUAUUCUGAAGUAAUGGCUGAAGCAAUACCACUGCGAGAAAAGAAACAGAGGACUCUACCUCGGACAGAUGGGUGUGGUUUGAAUAACUUUGACGCUGUGGAUUUGUCUGGAGGGUUGAGGAUAGUCCUGGUGGGCAAGACUGGAUCAGGGAAGAGUGCGACAGGAAACACCAUCCUUGGGAGAGCUGCCUUUAAAGAGGACCCAAGCCCUGUGUCUGUGACCAAACACUGUGAGACACAGAGCGGGGAAGUGGAUGGGACUGUGGUCCAGGUGAUUGAUACUCCAGGUCUGUUUGAUACAGCCAUCACAGAGGAAGAAUUAAAAACCAGAAUAGAGGAGUGCGUCAAGAUGUCGGUGCCCGGCCCUCACGCCUUCCUGCUGGUGAUCAGGCUCGGAGUGAGGUUCACGGAGGAGGAAAGAAACGCUGUGAAGUGGAUCCAGGAUAACUUUGGAGACGAUGCCUCCAUGUACACUAUCAUGCUGUUUACAUGCAAAGAUCAGGCCAAAGCUGACAAUGCUCUGAAGGAGUGCAAGGAGCUGCGGAGACUCUCUAUAACAUUUGGACGCAGGUACCAUGCCUUCAACAACAACGACGCCGAGGACCAAGUACAGGUCAAAGAGCUGAUCACUAUGAUCAAGGAAAUGAUACAGGAUAAUGGGGGGAAACACUACACCAAUGAGUUGUACGAGAAAGCCCAAAGGAGGCUGAGAGAGGAGGAGGAGAGGAAGAAACAAGAGGAGGAAGAGAAGAAAGAGGAGGAGAGGAAAAUGUGGGAUGCCGAGAGGGAGAAGAAAGAGAAAGAGAGAGAAAAGGAGAAAAAGGUGAAAAGAAAGACUAUACGUGCUAUGUCGGCUGCUGCUGUUGUGCUGGUGAUAGCUGGGGUGGUUAUAGCAGUGGGAGCCGACACCAUGGUGGCUUUGGCUCUCGGAGCUCCGGUGCUCGUCCUGGGAGUGCUGUGUGGUCUAGCUGCCUUUGUCAUGUGGAAGGGUAUAAGAUGCAACGCCAAAGCAAAUGUUCCAGUAUAACUAGAGUUCAUUGACAAGGACAUGUUGAUCCAUCUGCAGCAUGUGACACUAAUCAGUAGAAGUGUUGCACACAUUACUAUUUACUGUUAGGGACUUCUUAGUGAAUGAUGUUGUCUUGGCCUUUUCUGCAUUCUGCUUCCAGAAUUUUUAAGUUUUGACACAACAUUGCAAUAACAAAAGUAUGUGAAUUGAAUGCUGAUAGUAAACAAACGGUAUGAAAUGCAACAAUUGUUUUCUUUUUGUUUGUUUUCUUUCUUGGUCAUUUAUUGUUUGGGGUAGAGAUGCACAUACUUGCAAGUACAGGCACAAGUAAAAGUGGACUACUUACAUUGAUUUGGGUCCUUGCCAUGGCAGCCCUUAGGCUUUAGUGUUUGUGGUUAGUUUACAUAACUCACAGGGAAGACAAAAUAUGGCAUCUCCAAACCCGGCAGAAGCCAUGGUGUCUACAAAAGUGAAGCUUCAGGCCACUGGUAAGUUUUUACAGACUGUUUCAUGUCACAAACUGGGACUCCCGUGCUGUGUAUAAAUUACAUUUUUAUGGUUUG